AUGGAAAGCGAAUCAUCUAGCCUCUGCAGAACCAAGUUUUCCCCUGCUGAAGAUGAUAUUCUCAGGAGCAUUGUUCAGAAAUUUGGAGCAAGAAAGUGGAAUACAAUUGCUCAAUACCUGCCCGGCCGAACAGCACGUCAGUGCCGAGAUAGAUUUAGAAACUACCUUAGUCCAGAUUUAAAGAAUGGUCCAUGGUCUCGGGAAGAAGAUAUCAUGCUGAUUGAAAAAGUUAAGGGUCCACUGUAA